AAGAUUAUUUUGCUCAGAGAGUGAAAGACCUGUGAUCUUGAAGCAUCAGCUUGGUCUCUCCUGAGAACCACAGAGUGACCAUGAUGCUGUUUCUUCUUCUCUUCAUGUCUUUGGUUUGCUCAGCACUAUCAGUGGAGAGCUAUGGGAAAGACUUCAUCACUGCAUUCCCAGAAAACAUUGCAUACUACUAUCCACAGGAGUCCUCAAACACGCUCCAAAUUUCUGCUUUCUACAACCACACCCUCGUCUCAAUCAGCGUCAACUACACAAACGUAUAUAAUGAUAAGCUACAGUCUGGGCAGACUAAAAUUGUGCAUUUCCCCAAGUACAUUGAGCAAUAUCAGUUCACAAAAUCCCCUCUUUUAGUCAAAGUCAACAGCACUGAAAAUAUCGUGGUGCACUGGCUCAGUAAACGCAGCAACAGCGUGCAGUCUUACAUCGUUCAACCUGUAAGGAAUCUCGGAACACUGUAUUCAAUCCCAUUUAUCAAUUACAAUCAGAUGAUGGCGUCCUUCUACAAUAUGUCAGAUCAGUUAGCUCCGGACAACUGGAGAUACAAUUCAUUCAGGCUGAUCGUUAUCAAUGCCGAGAACACUGUGAACUUUAUCAUAGUCCAAAGUAUCAGCGCGGAUGGUCAAAAAGCAUUUGGAAUUAUGCUCAGGCCUUACGAACUUUACCAGUUUCAAACUAACGGUUCGGACAUUAAACUGUACUCUAACUCCAGCAUAGCUGUGAUGUUGACCCACCCGUGUGUAGAAACUACUGAAUGUGAUUGCAAUAUGGUGGUGAGCCAGGUUCUCCCCCAAAAGCUGUGGGGUCACACGUUUGUUGUGCCAUUGGUGAAGAACCUGAAUACCUCCUGGCUGCAAGUGACUAACACAGCGGAAGUAUGGCUGAAUGGCAGAAAUAUAAAAACUCAACAGUCCAAUUCCUCAGAGCUAAUUCCGUUCCCAGAACUUAAUAAUGCAUCUCAGUUCAUCAGUGCAUCAAAUGUGGUGUCCAUCAGACUUAUGAGUCCAGGCCUCGUCUUAGAGCUCAUACCAGAAACCAUGUACGCCGCUUGUUACCUGGUUCAGAUGAACUCGACAGAGGGUGAGGCUGUUAUCAUAGCUCCAACAGCCAGUAUGGACAAUGUGUAUAUAGACGGCCAAUUACUGAACUCCACUGGCUGGAAACCCAUUCCCUAUUCAAACUACUCUUCCAUAUCUGUGUCGCUUAAUGGUGUGCAUGUCAUCUGGCAUCCAACCUCCAGGAUCGGAGUGUACAGGUUUGAGAAGAUGGAGAGUGGAAUUCCUUAUGGAAGCCCGGCUGUCAUUUUAAACAAAAACCCAGAUCGUAAUGGAUGUUUGGCAGAUUCUGCACAAUUUAAGACCACUACUAAUGUCAUGACAUGGCAGCAAUCCUAUCAAUACUGCCUAAAUAUAGCUUACCAGCUGAGCACACCAAGCAGUGAAAUGGCCCAAAAACAGAUGACCAACUUUCUGCGAAACACCGGAAGUCGCAGAUACUUCUGGAUCGGUCUGCGACGCAGUAACUCCAUGUCUGAGUGGUACUGGCAGAAAGGCAAUGACACCCAAUACAGUGUGAGCUACACGAAGUGGGCUAGAGGGCAUCCAGAUAAGCCCUGGAAAGCUUUGUGUGCUGCUGUGUCCCAAGACGACAACAAUGAGUUUACCUGGAAGAGUUUGGCCUGUUGCGCCAGACUUAGGCCAGUCUGCUACAAACACAGUGAAUACUUUAGUGAUAUGACCUUUAAUACACUAUACGAUCAUUUUAACAUCACUUAACCAAAGGUCUGUCCUUCUUGCCAAAAUUCUUGACCUGAAGUUAGUAACUGCAGUAAUAAAUCAUAUUACAGAAGUUUAGUCAUGGUUCUUGGUCAAAUUAAUCAAAGUGCUUAUUUAUAGAAAAGCUUCUCACUGUCUGUUACUUUAUAGAAAUUUGGUUGUUUUUAUGCGUGUAACAUAAAUCAAUAUUUGCAUGUAAAAAUAUAUGGAUCUUCUGAAAAGAGAAAAAAAAACGACAUAUUAUUAGUUAUAUAUCAUAUUUUAUGGCUUCAUAUACUAUUAUUGCACAAACCAAAACUGAAUAGCCUCUCAAAUAUGACAACUAUCAAAACUUUAAUGUCUGAUGUAAUGCAUGGUGAUCUAAAUGAAGGCGACUAAAGUGAAAUGACUGUAGGGGAAUACGAGCAUAUGUCACUAGAUA